AUUUUACUUAUCAAAUAAACUUUUCAAUUCAUGAGCAAAACUAAUCCUUCAAGUAAGGCAACAAUCAGUUCUUGGUUUUCUAAAUCAAAGGAAGAGCUAAUCUCAGAAUCCCGUCUUCCUCAGAAGAGAAGGUUUUCAAGGUUCAAAAAGUAUAAAAAGUUUCCAAAUAACUUUAAACUUCAGAAGAAGAGCCCUGAGAUCAAACACAGUGAGGCUUCUCCGGAUGAAAAGGAAAACAUCUACAUUAACAAGCAAAAGCCUGUUAAGAAACAAGUGAAUUUUUGGUCUGCUCCUCAGAUCAAAAAGCAAAGCUCUGAGAAAGAGAACCGAGUAGAGUUCAAACUUCGAGAGCAACCUAACCCUGUCAAAAAGAAGAGACUUAGAAAGUUAUCUGAAAAGCAAUUAGACAACGCUAUCGAUAUCCCAGAGUCUAAGCUUGCUUCUUUAAAAGGAAUUCCUACUCGUGGGAGACUUAAAAAAAUCCAGAAAUUAACUGCACUUCAGAAAUUCAAGAAUGAUAGAGAGGAAUAUGAAGACAUGGGAAGAAAUAACCGCCUCAGCAUAUUGACCACUAGCAAGCAACAAACUCAUAAGUUAGAAGACAUUGAAAGCUCUGAGUCUGACCAAGAACAACAGAAUAAGGCUGCUAAUUCCUCUUCUGGGAAUAAGAGGAGGAUCAACUCUUCUGAUAGUAGCCAAAACUCACAGUCUUCUCAAGAGUCUCAAGUUGAAGAUAGCUCUCAAGAUGACUCCGGCUCUGAUGGGAAUAGUACUCAGGAGGAGGAUUCAACAGAAACUCGGGGAAACUCCCAAAGUCCUGAACGGCUCCUGUCUGAGGUUGUUGAAAAAUCAGAGAAUAAUUCCCAAGACUGUGGAAAAUCUGAUGCUUCAGAUACCGAAAUCAAAGAUGAUAACAGUAAUGAGGAGGACACCACAGUUUACUCUGAGGACAUUCGCCCAGAACAUGUCAGUGAGCAAGGAGAUAAAGAAGGGACCCCAGGAGAAUUCUACGAAGUUGGAGCUAUCUGCGGUAGAAAAUCUGAGAACAAACUUGUUUACUAUCUUGUAAAGUGGAAAGGCCUCAAAGAGACUGAAAACUGCUGGGUUUAUUACAAGUACCUCAUUCCUUACAAGUCUAUAUUACAAUCAUUUGGAACUUGAUAUAGAAGAUGUAAAAAGAAUGUUAUUGAGCAGCUAAGUCCUCAGGAUAAGAGUCAGAUUUUAUCCUACCAAAUGACUGAAAUCAAAGAGAAAGCACAUAAGAAAGCAUUAGAGGUCUCAAUAGUAACAACUCAGAAAUUAAUUGAGAAAAUCAAGCAGCAAAAGGGGUUUAAUUAUUACUUUAGAGACAAGACUUCUUACUGCUUUAGAAAACUUUCAAGAUUCCCUAAAGAAGGUAGAUUUGAGUGCAAUGACAAACCUAAGAAAAUUAUUUCAGCAUUACAGUCUCCAGAUCCAUCUGCCAGUAUCCAGCUCGCCUUCAAGAUAGAGUGGCAUGUCCGUGAGAACGGCUUUAAGCCAUUGCCAUCAUUAUAUAAAGGAAGUGAGGUGAAGAACUACAACACAGAUAUCCUAAUAGAUUUUUAUGAGAGCAAGCUAAAACUUUCAUAAGGAUAUUCCGUCAAUUCCUAUAAAAAAUAA